GAGGGAGGAGCAAAGCACAGAGAGAGAGAGAGAGAGAGGUGUGUGUUUGUGUGUGCUGUUGUGCGUGUGUCUGUGUGUGUGGAGUGGGGGGGCUGCCUCCCAGUGGGUCCCUUUUAAUUGCCUUGAAGCUUCCGUCCCGAGGCAGUCGGGGGGUGUGUGUGUGAAAAGGGGCGACUGGCCCAGAGAGAGAUUGAGGGAGCCCGCUUCCCCGGGGAUGGAGCUUGGGAGCAAGAAGAGGAGGAGGAGCCCAGCAGCAUAGUUGCCACCAGCAAAGCUGAGCUGCCAUAAGCCUGCCCUGUGAAUCUUCAGGCGUUCAUAUCUUAAUGGAUUGCUGUAACCUAUUAAUUUUGCCAUUCAUCCAUUUCCUUGUUUCGUGAGAAUAUUAGCCAGCACAGAUCCUGGGAAAGUUACAUGGUGUGAACGGAAUGUCUGUGGAUGAGAAGACUGAAUCCCCCAUGUAUGUGUAUGAGUCAACAGUCCAUUGUACCAAUAUCCUCCUGUGCCUCAAUGACCAGCGGAAGCAGGAUAUUCUCUGUGAUGUGACUUUGCUUGUGGAGGGGAAAGAGUUCCGAGCCCACCGGGCUGUGCUGGCUGCAUGCAGCGAAUACUUCUUGCAAGUGUUGGUUGGACAGACGGAAAAUGACCUGGUUGUCAGCCUGCCAGAGGAGGUCACUGCCAGGGGAUUUGGUCCAUUGUUACAGUUUGCCUACACUGCUAAGUUGUUACUCAGCAGAGAAAACAUACAAGAGGUCAUCCACUGUGCAGAAUUCCUGCGCAUGCACAACCUGGAGGAUUCCUGCUUCAGUUUUCUUCAGACGCAACUAUUGAACAAUGAAGAUGGCCUGUUCCUGUGCAAGAAGGAUAGCACCUGUCAGCGGAUGCAUGAAGAUGAGAACUCUGAAGGAGAAGAGGAAGAGACGAUGGAGUCAGAGACUUCCAAAAUAUCUUGUCCAAGAGAGAGGAUGCACCCAGAGCCCUUUAACUUUGAAGCUGCCACUUUGGGAGCUGAGAAGGAGGAGGGGAUGCUGCCCAACUCUGACAUAUUGAAUGAUGGCAAGGACAGUCCAGAUAAAGAAACAGUAACACGGUACCCCAGAUAUAAGAAAUACCAGCUGGCUUGUACCAAGAAUGUCUACAACACAUCACACAUUAGUACCUCAGGUUUCGCAAGCACAUUCAGUGAAGAAAGUUCUGGUGAUGGCCUCAAACCAGAGCUUGCAGUAGGGCAAAUUAAAAGUGAGCCUAGAAGUGACGAGAAUGAUGAAGAGAACAUCACGCUUUGCCUCUCUGGAGAUGAGCCUGACAUCAGGGAUAAGGAGGAGGAUGUUGAAAUGGACCGAAAACAGCAAAGUCCCAUGGGCCCAGACAGGUCCAAAAGUGGUUCCUCUGCUUCUUGCCUAAGGUCUUUCUUCAACCGAACAAAAAACAUAGACUUAAUUGGCUUCCCCAGUACUUCCCAGCAGCACUUUGCCAGGAGUCCAGCAUGCCCUUUCGACAAGGGGACAACUCAGGGUGACCACAAAACUGAUUAUGUCAAUUUUGGAGGGAACUACGGACUCUCCCAAGCUGUUCAGAAGGAUGCUUCCAAUUUUGCAGUGGAAUCGCCUCUCAGGGGUCCUGGCUUUGUUGAAGGUCUUUGUAAGCAGGAGGGUGAGGUGGACAGGAGGAGUGUUAUUUUUUCUUCAAAUGUUUGUGACCAAGUAAAUACUUCGGUGCAUUCAUAUUCUGGCAUGAGCAGCUUAGACAAAGAUCUCAGUGAGACUGUGCCAAAAGGUCUGUGGGCUGGAAGUAGCCAAUCUCUCCCCAGCUGCCAGACCUAUUCUCACAUUGGACAGGCAGCUGAUCACCUCCCAGGCCGGAUGCGGCCUAACACCAGCUGCCCAGUGCCAAUUAAAGUUUGCCCACGCUCUCCUCCCCUGGAAACCAGAACCAGAACCUCCAGCUCAUGUUCCUCCUACUCUUACGCAGAGGAUGGCAGUGGUGAUUCUCCCUGUAGCCUCCCUCUGUGUGAGUUUUCAUCUUCCCCUCGAUUCUCGGCAGCUGAGCAUCAGGAGCCGACCAUGACGGGAGAUGGAAUGUACAACCAAGUCAGACCCCAGAUAAAAUGUGAGCCAUCCUAUGGAACAAACUCUAGCGAUGAGUCUGGAUCGUUCUCUGAAGCAGACAGUGAGUCAUGUCCUGUGCAAGACAGAGGACAUGAGGUGAAACUUCCAUUUCCUGUAGAUCAAAUCACAGAUCUUCCAAGGAACGAUUUCCAGAUGAUGAUAAAGAUGCACAAAUUAACCUCAGAGCAAUUGGAAUUUAUCCAUGAUGUUCGGCGGCGCAGUAAGAAUCGGAUUGCAGCUCAGCGCUGCCGUAAGAGAAAACUGGACUGUAUUCAGAAUUUAGAAUGUGAAAUCCGCAAGUUGGUUUGUGAGAAAGAGAAACUUCUGUCAGAAAGGAACCAACUGAAAGCAUGCAUGGGAGAGCUAUUAGAUAAUUUCUCCUGCCUUUCUGAAGAGGUGUGCAGGGAUAUGCAGAGCUCUGAACAGAUCCAAGACCUGCACCGAUACUGCCCUGUCCUCAGACCGAUGGAUCUUCCAACAGCAGCCAGAAUUAAUCCUUCGCCAGCCAGAGUUGAUCAAACCGUAGUGACAUCCCAGUGCAUUGGGGAAGGCUUACAGUGCUGUUCGGAUCAAAGCUCGGUGCAACAGCUUAGCACUCACUGGCUUCCCAAUAACAUUUCUGACAAAUGUGCAAGAGCCCUGGAGGGAGCUGACCAAGGUACUUAUGUUGAGCACGAGCUUCCUCUAGAGCAGAAUAACCAAACAGUGACAGUGGACUUCUGUCAGGAAAUGACUGAUAAAUGUACAACAGAUGAGCAGCCUAGGAAGGAAUACACCUAAGUGGCCAUAUACCUUUCACGUCACACCUAGCAAGGUAUUCUUCAGUCAGCCAGUGGCCACUUUUGUUUGUUUGUUUUAGAUUGAAGAACAUAAUUUGGUGCACACUACAGUGGUCUUAUAGCAGCAAUACUGUUUUUAAGUAUUCCCUCCUCUCUACAAGCAGGAGUUUAUCUUCUUCACUAUGGUGCUAUCCCUUGCUCAGGCAAGGGAAUAAAACAGUGGCAACACUGUCGGUUUCUUUUUUAAAAAAUUGUUGUUGUUGUUGUUGUUGUUGUUGUAUUUUAAUUUCAUUAUUCAACAGGGAUGGACAUAACACCUCUGAGGACCCAAACGCAGCUUUUUUUCUCAGUGGCCCAUGUCACAAGACCCUAACUCAGGAAUUUCCUCUGAAUGUUCAAUUUUUCAUUGAAGACAGCUUCUUUACACAUCAAAGUUUUAUAGCUAAACUGUACAUACUAUAUAUAGUAUAUAUAAAAAUAUAUAUCCAUAUGCAAAAAAAAAUCCCUGCAUGCCUCAAUUUUUUCUCAUGAAAGCAACUGGAAGUUUUCUGAUUUCUAUUGUAUAGACAAAUUCCAACAUUCCUUUUUUUUUCUUUUUUUUCUUUUUUGGUCAAUACUAGAGGUAGUUUUUAACUGUUUUAAUAGGGUUUUUUCCCACUAAUCAGUUCACAAUUCAGCAAUAUCAUUCAGUUUGGACUUUAUUUAUACAGUAAAGUUUUAAUGUUGGAAAAUUAUUUGAAAUUUUGAUAUGGACAAAAUUUGUGGCACAGCUGUCUUUUUUGGUUCCCGUUUUGAGCAAAGUGGGUGUUCCUCUGAUUUUCUCACUGAUACUGUAAAGCGAUGGUCAACUUUGCCACUUGCACUGAGUCUUGGAUCAAACCUCGUUCCACAAAUGAAGUUGUGACUUCUGUAUAAUUCAUAUAUUGUAUUCUUUGCUUUCCCAAUUAUUUUUAUUAUUAUUACCCUCUUUUAUUAAAUGGGAGGGGGAACCCAACAUCACUCAGGAGAUGAUCAUGUAGGGAAAUAAUAAUCUUGCCAAAUAUGGAAUUCACCCAGUAGUGUGAACUGAGUGUUUUCUGUAUUCAUCUUUUUGUCCCCUUUCCCUUUUUUAAGCUUUCCCAAAUCAAGUAUAAAUAUGAAGUGCUUCUUCCCUCUGUUCUUUUCUUUCCUUUAAGAGUAUUUGCUAUUUGUAGAGCAUGGUUCAAUAUUUAAUAAGAUACUUAAAACUGUUCAGGGGCCAGUGCAUGUCACUAUGUUAAGAACUUGAGAGCUUCAGUUAAUAGCUGUUUACACCAAUGAACACUGUUCUGUAGCUCUCAGUGAAGUUCAAACUGAGCUUGCCUCUCAUUUCUUACUCUUUAUAUUGUACUAAUGCUCUUUGUCCCUGCAAAUGGUUCUGUAGGCCUCACCAUAUAAUUCCAUGAAACAUCAUCUUAACCGGGUAUUAAUUGCAGUGUUUUAUUAUACCAACUUCCCAUUUACACUGAUUCUAGAUUCAGCCUCUUUAAAGUGUGGGGAAUAGUGUAUUUAUGCAAGGUUUCUAGGACUAGGCCUGUAAACAGAGGCCUUGCUUAAAGCAAUCCUUAACCCAAAUGGUUAAAAACUAUGCAUUUCUGCAAUAGCUUUGUUGCCCAGAUACUAGAGGCACAUGCAUUGAGUUCCCCCCACCAUACUGUGCACUCUCAUCAGCAUGAAGCACCUUGUAUCUCCAAGAGUACUUAUGAGACUUGUUUUAAAAGUACUGAAACUCAAGAAGAAAUUCAUAGUAUUCAAACUGACCAGACUCACAUAUGCCAGUGUGCACUGAGGUGAUUCUUCAGACAGAAACAGUUCCGUUGGUCAAACUGCCAAACUUGAAUCCCCAAAACCCAGUCCGGAUGAGUUGGAAACCUUCUUGUUCAGUUUUCCAAGCCACAUGUAGGUCUGCAGGACAGAAGAGCCAACAGUUAUCUUGCUAACAGUUGAGGUCCAGUUGAUUUUAGGUUAUGAUUGGGCAAGGCAGAUUCUGCCUUUCAAACUCACGGAAAGAGAUCUUCAAGAGGUUGGACACAAUCCAGCAGGAACAUCUGUUCUCCAUCCCCAUUGACAAAGGUAGAAGUUGCUCAGUAGAAAUGAUACCACAAAGCCUCCAUGGAUUUCAAAUUUUGUGUAGAACACUUCCUCUUUGACUGCAUCUGCAUUGCUGAAAUAAUGGAGUUUGACACUGCUUUAACAGCCAUGGCUCAAUACUAUGGAGUCCUAGGUUUUGUAGUUUGUUGUGGCACCAGAGCUCUCUGACAGAGAAGGCUAAAUAUCUCAUAAAACUACAAAUAUCAGUAUUCCAUAGCAUUGAGCCAUGACAUUUAAAGUGGUGUAAGCAGCAUUAAUUCUGCAUUGCACAUGCAGCCCUUAUCUCUGAUAGAAGGGGUCCUUCUGUGAAUUUCCUUUCUUUCUUUUUUUUUCUUUUUUUGGUGACUUCCUGCCUAGAGUGUGCAGGGUUGGUUCAAGCUAUAUUUUUAUGGUGACAUCUGUGGUUUACAGACUGGUACUGUUCACCUUUACUAUGGAUCAGACUGUGUUGGGACGCCACAUGUACUUGACUGAGACAGUUUUCCCCCCUCCGCCACCUAAUUCUGACAAUGUCUUCCUCCUUGCUAAUGUUUACACUAAACAUUGUGGCACUCAGUAAAUCAGCGUUGGUUUGUUUGUUUGUUUUUCCCCCAAAGGAGGAAUAGGCUCCCAUUUUUGUAUUUUGUUUUAUUAUUUGUUUAAGUAGACAGCUUGCCAGUCCCGUCACUGCCCUUGGCUCCGGAUUCAAUACAGUGUCCCUGCCAACUAGGUGGUGGAUCCAUUGCAUGUGCCACGUUUAUUAACUGGGAAGAGUGCGGUGUCCUUUUGCAGGCUGGAAAUGCUAUAUUUUUAAAAUAUAUAUAUAUGUAAAUGUAAAUAAAAAUAUAUAAUUUAAGUAUUAACCAUUUCUGUAACACAAAUAAAAACAAUCUUAUCUCUUAACUAUUCAUAUAUUUAUAUAUGCCAUAUGGAUGCUAGUUCUGACCUGCAGGGUGCCAUUUUGGCACCAGGGUAGGAAGGCUUUGACUUGUUUUGAAAGCAUAGCUAUUUAAUUAUAUUGGAAGCAUACAAGCUGUGUACAGAAAAUAAACUCUCUGAGAGUGAGGGGAGAUGUGUGCAUAUAAGCGGGAUGUCUUGUAAUCUGUUGACGUUGCAGAGCCUUUUUGUGCUUUGCAAAGAGAUCUUAUCUGCUGUGACAAUGAGGCUAGAAUUUAAAGCUACAAGUGAACUGCAUUACAGCUUCAAAGCCAGGUUUUGGCAUUUGAGAUUUUGUUGUUUAGUUGGCAGUAUUGUUCAGAUGUGGGGGCAGGGGUUGUUGCCUUUUUAAACAUUUUAAGUGACCUCCUACAGCUAGUUGUGUUUUUAAUGGGUAUUCAGCCAUGUCUAAUCUAGCUUUCUGACAUGAAGAUUUACCAUCACACCAACUCAUGUGCAACUGGUACUUUUGACCUCAUUCCAGUGGUUUAAAUGCAAUUGACAGAACAUAUUGUUCUGUAUAACAGUUGUAUUGACCUAGCUCUCUCAUCGGUGCUGGGUCAUGCUACCUUUCUUCUUUUUAAAGAGAGAAUUUUAAAAAAAAAUAAAAAUCCACAGCUCAGAGAAAUCUGUUGUUUCAAACUUUUUAGGAUGUUUUCAGUUUCACUAUUUAGAAGUGACUGAUUUUUGUAUUUGCUUCCUUGGACUAUACGUAUAUUGCAUGUAGUUCUUCAGAACCACAUGUAGAUUUUGGGUUGACUUCAAGGGAGGCAUUUAGUUUCGGAACUGGACAGAGAUUGUCAUAUUUGAAUUGCAUUGGGUUAGAGGAAGAUAAAAACAAAUAACUGACCAACAUACUCUUUGAAAAUUAAAAUAAGCUUGUAUUGUUUAGCAGGUGUAAAAGCAGGAAACUCUUUACACCUUCCACUAAUAUUGAUUCAUAAAGUAAUAUUUUGUCUUGGUUUGACGUUUUUGUGCUAAACAGAAGCUACUUUUGCACUGAUAUAAGGAGCCUGUAGGGAGUAUGUAUUUGGCUCUGUCCAGUCUGUAUCUAGUCCUCCUUUUUUAUUUGCCUGUUCUAUACUUCAUGUUGCCAGAACACCUCAUUUCAUUUAGGCUUUUCUGCUUUUGUCAGGUGAGUAUUAUUACACUAUGUAAUAUAUUUGUGUUCUCUCGGGGGUGCCUUGAAUAAAAUUGAAGUUCAUUGCAACCUGAUUCUGGAACAAAGAGCUAGUUGAAAAGAAAAGACUCAAGUGACUAAAACAUCCCAGUAUUUAUAUCUUUGGCGUUACAUAAAAUGACUCAGGCAUCAAGACUUCGAUGCUGCAGUACAAAACUGUUGUUUUAUAUAUUGUACAAGUAAAUUAUUCAAUGUCUUUCUAAGGAUAUAUGCUGCUUUUAAAGAUGCACUAUAUAUAUUUUUGUUUUGGAUCUAAUCCACAUUUGGUGUUUGUUUUUGUUGGGUUUUUUUUGUUUUUUUGUUCCCAAGGAAAUAAAAAAAUGAAAACAAAAUUCAUUGGUUACAGAAACCACUGUGAUUAGUGUUCCAACUGCUUUCUCUUUAAAAGAGAAAGUAGGAGCUAGAUAAACUUAAUGAAGUGGAUUCAGCUGCUGCUAAUAUGGUAGUUAAGGAUUACAUUCAACUCAUUGCCAAAUUAGUAAUUUCAAAAGCUUUCCUAAAAAUGUAUAAGUAUAUUUAUGUAGGGAGGUUUAAAAUCUUUAUGUCUUUCUCUAAGAGCUUUGAAUAACAUGAUAUUCAAUAGUUGUAAUUAUUCUCAUCCCUGCGUUGUUGUGAUGGGAAAUGCUGUACCUAUGGAACUUCAGUUUUUCUUCAGCUCUCUGAAAUAAAAAUGAAGUUUUCAUGGAUGGGAUAUAGUAACCCUCCUGAUAACUGCUACAUGUUGCUUUUUAAAAGUUUAUAACCCAGAAUCGGAAUAAUUCUAAAAUGGAGACCUUUUGGAGCCUUUUAUAAAAAUGUAAGGUAACCUCAUUUCUAGAACUGUAGUGAUUUUAAAAAAUGAAACACUGGUGGUCCUUGUGUGCCCUUUUUUUCUUUAAAAAUUGUACAUGUGGGUUUAGCCUGUGAAGCUAGGGCAUCCCUUAAGUAUCAGGCCUAGUGAGUUUUUGAUAAGCCUAUGCAAGCAUGAGAUCUUCACCAACUAGCUCAGACCAAUGACUCCAAGAGGCAGUCUUUAAAAAAUAAAAUCAGAUUUCAUAUUUCUUUUAUUUACAUGACAUCAGUUUAAAUGUGUACAUUAUUCAGUUUAGAAAAGAUGGAUAGAAAAACAAUGACUUGAUGUAGCCUAAGGGAAACCUUGCUAAAAUGUGGUAGCUAAUUUCUAUCUAUAGUAUAAAAUCAGUGUGUAUAAUUUUGCCUGUUUAUAUUGUGUAUAUUUAUAAUAUUUGAAAUAUUUCAUGACUCAGGCAUCAAAUGAUGCUGCAGAAUAGAGUUCUACAUGUACAUAUGUUAAAUCCAUUCAAACCAUUUUUAUGUAUAUUAAAAUUUUAUAGUUUGGUGGAUUGUAGACUACUAAUAAAUUAUAAUUUCCUCUGUUAGAAUGUCAUUGCUUGCCAUGUAAAAAAAAUUAUAGUAUUUUCCUACACUCCACCAAUAUUAUAUAACAAAAUAAGACUAGUGAUAUCUGUUUGUUUUUAAAUUAUAAUACUCAUAUAAUGUUCUACCAUUGUUGUGAUUAAAAAACCACUUUUUUAGUGGGGAGCAAUUAUUCAAAUUUCCAUCUCAAUUUUUUUUAAAAACAGAAAUCUCUUUUGCUAUCAAAUGCCUCAGAAAUACGAGCUCUUUUAUAUAGGUCCAGUUUACAUACCAGUUUAGCCACCUAUGCAGUACAUUAAUUGAAAGUUUGUAGGACCUGAUCCUUUGCAUGUUUACUCUAAAGUCUCACUGAGUUCAGUUGAUGACACUUGUUCUCAAAUAAGUGUGCCUAGGAUUGCAGCCUUAUAAACAGAAGAACAUAAGAAGUUUUGUCAGAAACUGAGUCCCAUCCUUGCUUGAAAUGGAGCUCAGUUUCAGAAUCUGGAGUUAGUGAUCCAUUUAAUUUUAAAGGCACUUGGAAGCUAAAACCCAUAGGGCUCUGUCUUAACAGAUCAGUCCAAAUUUGGGACUAGGGUCAGUGGGAGUAUCUGGGUUUUUCUCCCUGUCUGCUCUUAAAACUCAGUGCUUUCUUGAAAGUGAGCAUGGACUCUCUUGCGUUUACAAUAUCACUAAAAGGGUAAUUCAUGCUUCAGAAACUGCUAUUUACUACUUGCGGGAUGACUGAAAACAUCUGGAUCCUUCCAAUCUCCUGAAAAUGUACUAAUACUUCAGAGAUCUUUGGACACUUGAUUUUUGCCAUUCAGUUCUCAAGAAUCAGUUUUGAUUUUGGGUGGUGAACGCCCCAAGAGUUUGUUCCAGAACCAGUGGGAUACAAGUGCACCUCUACUAUAUGCCUUACAAACUUCAGAGGCCAUAUUCAAAACAGGGUUUUUAUCAGUGUAUGCAAGGGGAUGCAACCCCUCUUCUCUUCCUCCCCAGGUCAGACAGUAUGGACAGUUUUCACACAUAUCUACCUGUAUAAUCCUCUGUACCUCUCAUAACUGGUCAAUGACUGUAACAAGUUGCAUCAGGUGUUUUUCUAUAUACUUUUUACACAGAUUCUAUGCGAUUAAUGUAACUUAAUUCAAUGCAUCAUUUUAUUGUACUAGUUCUUAAGCUUGUCUUUUAUUAUUUUUUUCUAGGUGACUGUGGUUUCUUGUGAUUUUUAUUGUAUAAAUGAAAUGGCUGUUGAUGCUUAUUCCUUGUUACUAAGAAUUUUUACCUUUUGGGGGAAAAAAGCAUUGCUACGAACUAAUACAUUUAAGACUUCAUUUACUCAUUGUAAAUACAGUAUUGUGCAAAGAGAAAAACAACCCUUUCCAUUCAUUUGAAUUGAUAGUGUUAACUGAAUUUUGUCUAGACACCAUUUCUGUUGAUGAAAUAAAGACAUA